AUGUGUUCUAUAUUCAUCCAACUUUCCCAAUUUGGUUCUAUUCCUCCUCUCCUCUCCUCUCCUCUCCUCUCCUCUCCUCUCCUCUCCUCUCCUCUCCUCUCCUCUCCCUCUCCUCUCCUCUCCUCUCCUCUCCUCUCUCCUCCUCUCCUCUCCUCUCCUCUCCUCAUCCUCUCCUCUCCUCCCCUCCCCUCCCCUCCCCCUCUCCUCUCCUCUCCUCUCCCUCUCCCCCCCCCCUCCUCUCCCGCCCCUCCUCUCCUCCUCUCCCAAAUAAACCAUCACCCCCCUAACCCAUUCUCCCCUCCCUAUCAGAUCCAGCUCAUCGUGGAUGAGUACAAGGCAGCCAACCUGGCCAUCUCCCGUCAGUGUGGUCUGAUCAGUGAGCUGCUGCUUGUGCGUGUGGAUGGGAAGACAGUGUACAGGGACCUGGAGUUUGAGGGGGACCAGCAGGCCCACCAGCAAGCCCAGCUUCAGAGGCUCCACUCAGCACACCAGGCCAUUGUAGCCAUCAUGUCCCGGGUCUACGAGACCUUCCGCACAGACGGACCAGAGGUGUGUGUGGUGUAGUGACGCGCGGGUUGAAUCAUAGCACGCAGUCUCUGCGGUUAUAUCCGCGGGGCUGGCGGGUUAAGGGUCAUUAAAUAUUGUGUGGGGGAAGGGCGGGUUGAAUAAAGAGAAAACAAUACUUAUUUUUUUAAAUAAAUGUAUCAUUCAUGUGCAGUUUAUAUCUAUAGGCUACAUUGAGGUUUUUCUUUCAUUAUUUUAGGCUAUCUGGCAUUAGUGCGUAAGCUUAAGGUUUAGGGCCUAACUGUACGCACUCUAAAUAGCCUACAGCCAAUCGCCAAAUGCUUUUGGGAACGGGCAGAAAAAGUUAACAUCGAUCCACGGAGGCAAAAAGGACAAUGUCAGAGUUUAAUUCAAUAAGAGAAAAGCUGUGAAAUGAAGAGUUCAAAAUAAAGAUGUUUGGGAAAGAUUUGGUGAAGUGGUAAAAGAGGAUGAUAGCAGUGCCGGCUUAUGUUAUGUGUGAUGAUUGUGAGGCGCUAUACAAAUUCAACAGUCGCAAGACAGGGUCUUCAAAUAGGCCUAUGGCACGUCAAGGGAACUGUAGCCUACUGUUCAGAUGGGUUAAAUGGAAACUGCAAUUUGGACACUGACUGUAGGUCUAUAACCUCUCACAUAGCCUUAAUAUUAACUCCUGCAGAAUUAAGCAUUUCUUGCAGUAAAAUUAUACACCAAAUAUAGACCACAUUUUGACUCGGGAACAGGAGUGGAGAAGUAUGAUUGAAUUCUUUCAGCAUCUAGAGAGAAUUCAAAUGCACAGUUAGAUACUGUCUGUAGAGGUGCUAUCAGCGUCAUAAAAGCUGAUUGUAUUUCAACCACAUAAAAUAUGCAUCCAAGCAGAACUGAAAUCUUAUCAGAAACAUGUUGGGUUGUUUUCACAGCUUUCUAUUUCCCUAAUACCAGUCAGAAAAUCUUUCAAUUCUUUGGGGGGUUUUUGGGGGUUUUUUUGGGUUUUUUUUUCUUUUUUUUCUUCUGUCAUAUAAUGACAGAAGAGAAGCUGCAUGUAUCUAAUUAUAGACAAGUUGACUAACAGAUAGCCUACUGAAAUUAUAAGCAGAAACAUCUCAAUCAGGCAAAAAAAAGCCUGCACCCCCUGUCAAAAAAUACACUGCUCAGAAAAAUUAAGGGAACACUAAAAUAACACAUCCUAGAUCUGAAUGAAUGAAAUAAUCUUAUUAAAUACUUUUUUCUUUACAUAGUUGAAUGUGCUGACAACAAAAUCACACAAAAAUGAUCAAUGGAAAUCAAAUGUAUCAACCCAUGGAGGUCUGGAUUUGGAGUCACCCUCAAAAUUAAAGUGGAAAACCACACUACAGGCUUAUCCAACUUUGAUGUAAUGUCUUUAAAACAAGUCAGAAUGAGGCUCAGUAGUGUGUGUGGCCUCCACGUGCCUGUAUAACCUCCCUACAACGCCUGGGCAUGCUCCUGAUGAGGUGGCGGAUGGUCUCCUGAGGGAUCUCCUCCCAGACCUGGACUAAAGCAUCCGCCAACUCCUGGACAGUCUGUGGUGCAACGUGGCGUUGGUGGAUGGAGCGAGACAUGAUGUCCCAGAUGUGCUCAAUUGGAUUCAGGUCUGGGGAAUGGGCGGGCCAGUCCAUAGCAUCAAUGCCUUCCUCUUGCAGGAACUGCUGACACACUCCAGCCACAUGAGGUCUAGCAUUGUCUUGCAUUAGGAGGAACCCAGGGCCAACCGCACCAGCAUAUGGUCUCACAAGGGGUCUGAGGUACCUAAUGGCAGUCAGGCUACCUCUGGCGAGCACAUGGAGGGCUGUGCGGCCCCCCAAAGAAAUGCCACCACACACCAUGACUGACCCACCGCCAAACCGGUCAUGCUAGAGGAUGUUGCAGGCAGCAGAACGUUCUCCACGGCGUCUCCAGACAUUUUACAUUUAAAUUUUUAGUCAUUUAGCAGACGCUCCUAUCCAGAACGACUUACAGGAGCAAUUAGGGUUAAGUGCCUUGCUCAAGGGCACAUCGACAGAUUUUUCAUCUAGUCGGCUCAGGGAUUAGAACCAGCAACCUUUCGGUUACUGGCACUACGCUCUUAACCACUAAGAUACCUGCCUUCCAGACUCUGUCACGUCUGUCACAUGUGCUCAGUGUGAACCUGCUUUCAUCUGUGAAGAGCACAGGGCGCCAGUGGCGAAUUUGCCAAACUUGGUGUUCUCUGGCAAAUGCCAAACGUCCUGCACGGUGUUGGGCUGUAAGCCCAAUCCCCACCUGUGGACGUCGGGCCCUCAUACCACCCUCAUGGAGUCUGUUUCUGACCGUUUGAGCAGACACAUGCACAUUUGUGGCCUGCUGGAGGUCAUUUUGCAGGGCUCUGGCAGUGCUCCUCCUGCUCCUCCUUGCACAAAGGCGGAGGUAGCGGUCCUGCUGCUGGGUUGUUGCCCUCCUACGGCCUCCUCCAUGUCUCCUGAUGUACUGGCCUGUCUCCUGGUAGCGCCUCCAUGCUCUGGACACUACGCUGACAGACACAGCAAACCUUCUUGCCACAGCUCGCAUUGAUGUGCCAUCCUGGAUGAGCUGCACUACCUGAGCCACUUGUGUGGGUUGUAGACUCCGUCUCAUGCUACCACUAGAGUGAAAGCACCGCCAGCAUUCAAAAGUGACCAAAACAUCAGCCAGCAAGCAUAGGAACUGAGAAGUGGUCUGUGGUCACCACCUGCAGAACCACUCCUUUAUUGGGGGUGUCUUGCUAAUUGCCUAUAAUUUCCACCUGUUGUCUAUUCCAUUUGCACAACAGCAUGUGAAAUUUAUUGUCAAUCAGUGUUGCUUCCUAAGUGGACAGUUUGAUUUCACAGAAGUGUGAUUGACUUGGAGUUACAUUGUGUUGUUUAAGUGUUCCCUUUAUUUUUUUGAGCAGUGUAUAUGGUAACCUUCUGUGAUUUGAUUUGUACUCACAAAGUGGCUAGCAAGAUAAUAUUAUGGGGUAAUUUCAUUUUUGAAAAUGAAAACUGUCCAUCUAGAAAAUCACUUCAUUUAGAACUUCACCUGUGGAACAAAUUACCAAUAGAUGAGAUUAAGUGGUUGAGUGAAUUCAUGAUGGACAGAUAAUAGUAGGUGUGUGUAUGUGGGGAUUUGUGUGCUUGCGCGCGCGUGUGUGUGUGUGUGUGUGUGGUGCUUGUGUGUGUGUCUCAGGUCCAGCAGCACUGGGUUGUGUACACAGAGAAGAUGGACAGCAUGGUGGAGGAGGCUCUCCGUCUCAACGUCAAGUGGUCCCUACAGGAGCUGUCCAAGGCCAUCAACGGAGACAGCAAGACCUCCCCCAACCCCCUCUUCAGGGUGCAGGUGGUGCUACGCCAGGAAGCCCCUGGGGCCACCUCACAGGUAGAGGGACACACAAAUUCACACACACACACGAUUCAUGAAAAUACACAAACAGAGAAACACACACAAUCACUCAAUCAUACACACACACACACACACAGUUUUUUUACACUCAUGCAUAAGCAUUGCAGAUUGUAAUAGACUUCAAGGCAAUUCUCAACACAUAUAUUUUGUUUACACUCUUAACAGAGAUUCUAGCAAGAUUCCUACGCGUACUAACCCCCCCCCAGACAAGAGUCUUAUAUUUUAAAGCAGAACAACGUCAUCCAUUCUCAGUGUAAGAUGUCAUAUGAUUUUGUAGCAUUUCCAAGGUUUGAGUCGCACUAAAUAGUCGGCACUAUUUAGAAUACAAUGGAAGAGAACAUAUUUUGUCCUUGUCUAGCAAACGCAGAGCUCUACGCAGUGCAGGUUGUUUUACAUAUGAAGAUAGCAUUAUAAAUCAAAACAGGACACCAAGACUCUCCCUCUCCCUCUCCCUCUCUCUCACUCUUUAUAAAUCAGCCGUGCCAUAUGAUUUAUGCUUUAUGUAUGUAAAAUAUCUGCAUCAUUGAUAGGCUAGGAUUCUUUAUACAGGAGGAUUAAUUUAUGUUAUUACAAAUUAAACGUAUUAGAAAUGAAAUUAUAGCAAGAGAGCUCGUUAGGUCUUUAAGCCUAGAGGCAAAAAGUAUUGAUUGCUGCAAUGGUGUAAGUAGUAAUGGUUUGUGUGUGUGUGUGUGUGUUUUUUUGUGUGUGUGUGUGUCCAACAGGUGGAGUUCUCCCCCACUCUACAGAAACUGGCUCAGAUUGUGAACAACAUCAGUUCUCAGCUGAUCAGCACCAUCUCUGUGUUCAAACGCCUCCCGGACCUCCUCACACGCAGACGCUCACAGAGGAAACCUGUACCCUGCAUCAUAGGUAACACACACACACACACACACACACACACACACACACACACACACACACACACACACACACACACACACACACACACACACAGACAUAGGUUAGAGACCCCUCUCACCUCACUGUUCCACGUCUCACGCGUCCUCCUCCUCGACCCAUCCUUAUGUUCAGUUCUCUUUAUUGUCGCUUCUGACCCCUCACCCUUCCUCACCUCACCCCAUCCAUCUUUCAUUUUUCACUCCUUCUCUUUAUCCAGAUCAUUUAAUCUCUUCAUCCUCAUCUCCCAUCCCCCUUUACUUACUCACCUUACGUACCUCUCAUAUUCCAUCCCCCUCACUCCAUCCUCACCCCUCACUCCAUCCCCCUCACUCCAUCCUCACCCCUCACUCCAUCCCCCUCACUCCAUCCUCACCCCUCACUCCACCCCCCCCCUCACUCCCCCUCACCCCCUCACUCCAUCCCCCUCCAUCCUCCCCCUCACUCCAUCCCCCUCACUCCAUCCCACCCCUCACUCCAUCCCCCUCACUCCAUCCCCUCCUCACCCCCCUCACUCCAUCUCACCCCUCACUCAUCCCCUCCAUCCUCACCCCUCACUCCAUCCCUCCCUCCUCACCCCUCACUCCACCCCUCACCUCCAUCCCCCUCACUCCAUCCUCACCCCUCACUCCAUCCCUCAUCCCCUCACUCCAUCCUCACCUCCUCACUCUCAUCCCCCUCACAUUCAUCCUCAACCCCUCACUCUCACUCCCCCGUCACAUUCAUCCUCACCCCUCUCUCAACCCUCACGCCAUCUCCCCUACCAUACCCCCACUCCUCCUCACCAUCCUCCCUCCUCCUGCUCUCCUCUCAACCCUACUAUCUCCUCAUCCAUCUCAUCCCUCGCUUUCUUCAUCCUCUCCUCCUCAUCCCCAUUUUACAGCCUCCCCUGUCAGCUGUCUCCUGGUUUGAUUGACAGCAGGUCGUCCACAUGGAGUAUCUAGGCUUUGGCUUUAAUCAAACAGUCAGGAGAUGGUGGACUGGAGCAGGCCAGAGGUAGCCCCUCUCCAUAGCUCUGAGUGUGUGUGUUUGUCCAGCCAUAUCCCAUCGAGGGGGAAUGCUCGUACAGCUACUGCUGUUAGCUGCUGAACCCCAAUCAACAUAGUCUAGUUGAUCCCUAGUGACACGCGCCAGGCUGUAAAACAUGUCCACUCAUGAAAAGCCUUUUUUAACAAGUGUAAGUGCCUGUUACAAUGUGUCAAAGGUGCGUCAACUCACUGUAUUUAACAACGAAUGUGUGGAAGCAUGCACUAUGUAGUCGAGUGUACAGUUACUGUAUGUAUCUACCAUAUGGUGAGCUUGUGGUAGAAGGUGCCUUUAUCCACAGAUCUCAGAUCAGGUUGACAUACUCCAAGUUGUAACCAUAACCAUCUUUAUUGAUUUAUCCAGGCUUGUCUCAUUGAGAUAAACAUAUAUUUGGCAAGAGAGAGGAUGGACUGAAUUUAAAGAAUAAAAAAUUAAUAUCUGUAUCAGUUAGGGGCUUCUACUUACUCCAUAUAGUAAUAUCUUUGGAAUCCCCUCUCUCUCUCUCUCCCUCCCCCCAGAGCAGGAUAAGGACAUUUCAAUAUGCUCCUCUAUAAAUAUAAUGUGCUUUGGCCUGUUUUACAUGAUGAUUCCUCUUUUUCUCCUUCUCUAACCCCAGAACAAGAUGAGGAGAUCGGUAAGAUUCAGGCAGCGGUAGCAGCAGGAAUGACGGCCAACGCAGGCCACCUGCAGGCUUACCUGAAGACCUGGGACAAACACAGAGAGAUCUGGGAGAUCAACAAGGACCCCUUCAUCAGGAGAUACCAGCGCCUCAACCCCCCCGUGUCCUCCUUCGACGCCGACAUCGCCAGGUUUGACCCUCUAACAGCUAGGGAGGGGAAG